AUGCAGAAGAGCCAGGAGCAUCAUGCUCAAAAGCCAGUCAUUCCAGACUUGUUAAUGACACCUAGUGACCAAGGAGAUGGUGACCUAGAGACCGAAUAUCCUGAAGACAGAGGAAAUUGGACAGGCAAGCUGGAUUUCCUUUUGUCUUGUAUUGGCUACUGCGUUGGAUUGGGGAAUGUUUGGAGAUUUCCAUAUCGUGCCUAUACAAAUGGGGGAGGAGCAUUCCUCGUUCCUUAUUUCAUUAUGUUGGCUAUAUGUGGGAUACCCAUUUUCUUCAUGGAGCUAUCAUUAGGCCAGUUCUCAAGCCUGGGGCCUCUUGCUGUUUGGAAGAUAAGCCCACUCUUCAAAGGUAUUGGUAUGGCCACAAUCCUGAUUGUCUCCUUGGUGGCCAUUUACUAUAACAUGAUCAUUGCCUAUGUUCUCUUCUACCUCUUUGCCUCGUUGACCAACAACUUGCCUUGGCAGUACUGCGGCAACUGGUGGAACACAGACCUGUGCCUGGACCACCAUGUCAUGCACACAGGGAACAGUGCUGCCCCUUUCAACACUUCUAACACUGUCAGUCCGAGUGAGGAAUAUUGGAGCCGAUAUGUCCUCCACAUCCAAGGGAGCUCAGGCAUUGGAGAUCCUGGGAGGAUUCGCUGGAAUCUCUGCCUCUGCCUCCUGCUAGCUUGGCUGAUCGUAUAUCUUUGCAUCUUAAAGGGAGUCAAAUCUUCUGGCAAGGUUGUUUAUUUCACCGCCACGUUUCCUUACCUUAUUCUGAUCAUGCUCCUGAUUCGUGGGGUGACACUUGACGGGGCCUGGUUAGGAAUCAAGUUCUAUCUCACACCCCAGUUUGACCUGCUACUGUCUCCCAAUGUGUGGAUUGAAGCAGCUUUGCAGAUCUUUUACUCUCUUGGGGUAGGAUUUGGGGGACUUCUCACCUUUGCAUCAUAUAAUACCUUCCACCAGAAUAUUUACAGGGAUACAUUUAUAGUCACUGUGGGGAAUGCUGUUACCAGCAUUUUGGCUGGCUUUGCCAUUUUUUCUGUUUUGGGAUACAUGUCCCAAGAACUUGAUGUUCCUGUUCAGGAAGUGGCCAAAGCAGGUCCAGGGUUGGCUUUUGUAGUGUAUCCACAAGCCAUGACAAUGCUUCCUCUUUCUCCUUUCUGGUCUUUCCUCUUUUUCUUCAUGCUGUUGACUCUUGGCUUGGACAGUCAGUUUGCCUUUCUAGAGACCAUUGUUACUGCAGUGACAGAUGAGUUCCCAUAUUACCUGCGGCCGAAGAAGGCUUUUUUCUCAGGCAUCAUUUGUGUUGCGAUGUUUUUAAUGGGGCUCAUUCUCACAACAGAGGGUGGAAUGUACUGGUUGGUGCUGCUGGAUGACUACAGUGCUGGGUUUGGGCUCAUGGUAGUGGUCAUAACUACCUGUCUAGUAGUAACACGUGUUUAUGGCAUGAACAGAUUUUGCCGUGACAUUCACAUGAUGCUGGGUUUCAAACCAGGAAUUUACUUUAGGGCCUGCUGGUUGUUCCUGUCUCCAGUAACAAUGACGGCACUGCUUGUGUAUAGCAUUAUCAAGUACCAGCCUUCAAAGUACAAUGGGACCUACUGCUUUCCAUUUUGGUCUGAGGCUCUGGGCAUCCUAAUGGGGAUCUUCUCUUGCCUGAUGAUUCCCAUGGGAAUGCUGUUUGCUGUGCUCCGAGAAGAAGGGACACUCUGGCAAAGAAUCCAGCAAGCUAGCAGACCAACUAUGGAUUGGGGUCCUUCUCUGGAGGAGAACAGAACUGGCAUGUAUGUGGCCACCCUGGCAGGUAGCCAGUCUCCUAAACCUUUGAUGGUCCAUAUGAGAAAAUAUGGAGGGAUAACUAGCUAUGAAAACAUAGCUUUUCAAAUUGAUAAAGAGAUUGAAGAGGAUGAAGAAGAAUCUAUCAUAUGA